AUGGACAUGUAUGAAAACUUUCAAUGGGACAAUCCGUCUCACGCCUUGAAAAUCGAUAAGGUACUGGAAAAGUUUGAAGAACGCUGUGUUCCUGCUUGAAAUGAAACGUACGAAAGGUAUGUUUUCUUCAAACGUGAUCAGUUGCCAAGCGAGUCCCUUGACAGCUACGUAACUGCAUUAAUGAAAUUGUCUGAGUCUUGUGGUUUUGGAACGCUCCGUGAAUCGCUCGUUCGCGACCGAUUAGUUCUGGGAGUGAAAGAUGACAGGGUUCGUGAAAAGCUCCUUGGAAAGCGUGAUCUCGAUUUGGAUAAGGCAAUUGAAACGAUCAAAGCAAGUCAAGUUACUCAUUCACGAGCAUCGGAAAUUGCGGGUGAAGUAUCAAGUCAAGAAGAUGUUAGUGCUGUGAAACACAAGUCUAGAGCACAAGAGAAAGGAAAGCCUCGCAAGAGUUCGACUCGGAACCCAUCGUCUAACAGUAAGUCUAAAGAGUGCCUAUUUUGUGGCCUAUUUUGUGGUCGGACAGAAAUGCAAAAACUGUGGCAAAGUUGGUCAUUUUGUAGUCAAAUGUCGCAGUGGUAAGUCUGAGAAAGUUAAUGUCAAUGAUGUUGAGGAAGUUUUUUACAUAAAUAAUAUUGGUGGAAAAGAUCAAGCCCUUGUUCCUGUUACUCUAAAUGACGCUGCUUCAGUAACAUUUCAGAUUGAUACAGGCUCUUCAGCAAACAUCUUACCACUUGAAGAUUAUAUUAGAGCCACUAAUGACUGUCAGUGUACAAACAUUGUUCCUAAAGAUAUCACUCUGGUUAUGCAUGAUCAUUGA